CUGAAGAAACUUGUAAUACAUUAUACGGGUUGAAUUAUGUGCUUGGAAUCUCAAGAUACUUCAUUAUAUUUUGUCACAGUAAUCAAUAUGUAACCAGUUUCUUGUUUGUGCAGUAAUGAAACAUUUGAAGUAUUUCUAUUCACCAUCGUUAGUUACAAUUUUCAGAAUGCGGAUAUUGUUUCAACGACCUUUCGCACUUCCUUCUAUCUCUCUGUGGACAUUUGUCACCUGUGCUGUGAGGUCCCACAGGACGCAGCUUUAAAGAUAUGGCUACAUCGACAGGUUUGGAAAAACUUGGCUUACGCGACAAGAAACCGUUCACUGUUUUCAUCGAGGGAAACAUUGGAAGCGGAAAAACAACCUUUCUGAACCAUUUUCAAAAAUUCAAACAAAGUGUAUGUCUGCUUACUGAACCUGUAGAGAAAUGGCGCAACUGUGGUGGAGUUAACUUGUUAGAUUUGAUGUAUAAAGAGCCAAAACGAUGGGCGAUGCCUUUUCAAAGCUAUGUAACAUUAACCAUGCUUGAUAUGCAUACCACUUCUACAGAUAAAAGUGUGAAACUUAUGGAACGAUCUAUGUUUAGUGCCAGAUACUGCUUUGUAGAAAAUAUGCUGGCGAACGGAAUGUUACAUCAAGGAAUGUACAACAUACUACAAGACUGGUACGAAUUUAUUCAUGCAAAUAUUCACAUACAGGCUGAUUUAAUAGUUUACUUGAGAACUAGUCCAAAAAUUGUUUUUGAAAGAAUGACAAAACGUGCGCGUUCCGAAGAGAGUUGUGUCCCUUUGAAGUAUUUGCAGGAAUUGCACGAACUGCAUGAGAAUUGGCUAAUUCACGGAGCUUUCCCCAGAGCGGCUCCGGUCCUUGUUCUUGACGCUGAUCUAGAUUUAAAUGAUAUUAGUUCUGAAUAUAAACGCUCCGAAACUAGUAUACUCAAGCCAAUUCUAAUUGAUAAUACUAAUCAGCAAUCAAUCCUGACCUCACCCGGUAAAAGAUCCAGAAAAGAAUUUUAACCAUAUGAACAUACCACUAGCUAGCUCAUUUAGUAUAGCGAUUGAAGAAUAGAAAUAUUCUUAGUUUUCCGGUUUUAAAUUUCAAUUGUAUUAGAAAUGUUUUGUAGGUACCUUUUUGAUUGACCAAAAAUCAAUUUUUUACAAAUAUUUAAUAUAAUGCAAACAGAGUUCUGAAAUAUAAAUGUAAAAUCUCCAGUCUAAUAACAACUAAUAUCAGCUUUCCGUACGAUAUCUCCAAAUUAAUACAAACAGCUACUACACUGUUUUUUUUCGUAAAACUUAACAAGCACCCCAUAAUAUACUACACUUAUGUCUACCUACGACAAACACAGACAUGAUAAAUAUGCAUAUUCAAAAGAGAAGCUAUCGACUGCAUCCAGCGUUUUGGACAAAUAUGAUAAUUACCAAUAUUCUCUUUAUUCUCUAAGUUAUUAUAAUUUAUUCACAGUAAUAAGAGUGGGUUGAAAAAAUGUCACUUUUAGGGAUUAUUUUCUGUAGGUAAUUGUUAGUGAUAACUGAAGUUUUUUUUUCUUCUAUUUCUUCAACCUCGUAAAACUGAAAAAAAUCAAGUAGAGAUUUAGCUUUGCAAUGGCAUAAAUUAUUCCUUACUUCGUUUGGUAGACCUCGUGUCAGUGCUAUAUAAGUUGUUCGACCCUUUUACAAUGCAAUAAAAUUCAUUUCAUUUUUUGAUGAAUAGUGGUGAAACAAAACAUGCAAAAUUGAUUUCAUUCUACGCGAAGGUUGUAAAAAUAUUGUUGUCCUGGUCCAUAUAUGUAUCGGGGAAGACCCGUCCUGUCCGCCUGGCACUUCUGAUGGUGGGUCACCGGCAAACACUCGUUACCAGCAGAUAAAUUGUCCUAAAUUAUCAAUUAAAAACCACCAAGGCCUAUCGUUAAAGGUUCUUUUACAAUUACCAAUCUUAACCAUAUCACUUUUUUCGUCAUUAAAAUUUUGC